AUGAGGGAGCUGGCUGUGGCCACCCGGGACCCGCCUCUCCACCGGAGUGAGGACAUCCAGCUAGAUUACAAGAACAACAUCCUGAAGGAGUGGGCCGCGCUGGCACACGGCCCCCUGCCCGCCGAGGACCGGGACCUGGACCGCGCCCUGAGCAGGCCCCGCGGUCCUCACGUCCGCUGGGGCCUGAACAGUUCCCGGGCCGGUGGCACGAGGAGCCCUCCGGCCGGUGUGCACAGCCCCGGGGCUGCAGGGGUGGGGUCUGGACCCCGGGACUGGCCCCGGGAGGGUGCACGUGCUGACCACCGGCCGCGGCCUCGCGUCUGCCGCAGGGUGGUGAAAGAGGAGGUUGCCGACGACAACGCCAAGCUGCCCUGCUUCAACGGCCGCGUGGUCUCCUGGCUGGUCCUGGCGGAGGGCGCCCACUUGGAUGCGGGGUCUCAGGCCACCGAGGGCCACGCAGAGCUGCCCCCUCCUCUCGAGAGGAUGGGUGGCAUCGGGGACUCCCGGCCCCCCUCCUUCCACCCCAAUGUGGCCAGCAGCCGCGAUGGGAUGGACAACGAGACCGGCACCGAGUCCGUGGUCAGCCAUCGGCGGGAUCGUCUCCGCCGCAGGAACCGCGAGGAGGCUGCGCGGGCCAAUGGGCACCCGAGGGGCGAGCGGCGGCGCGACCUGGGACUGCCCCCGGAUAGCGCCUCCACCGCGCUGAGCAGCGAGCUGGAGUCCAGCAGCUUCGCCGACUCGGACGACGAGGACACGAGCAGGCUGAGCAGCUCCACCGAGCAGAGCACCUCCUCCCGGCUGGUCCGCAAGCACAAGAGGCGGCGGCGGAAGCAGCGCUUGCGCCAAGCGGACCGGGCCUCCUCCUUCAGCAGCAUCACGGACUCCACCAUGUCCCUGAACAUCAUCACCGUCACGCUCAACAUGGAGCGGCACCACUUCCUGGGCAUCAGCAUCGUGGGCCAGAGCAACGACCGCGGCGACGGCGGCAUCUACAUCGGCUCCAUCAUGAAGGGCGGCGCGGUGGCCGCAGACGGCCGGAUCGAGCCAGGGGACAUGCUGCUGCAGGUGAACGACGUCAACUUUGAGAACAUGAGCAACGACGACGCUGUGCGGGUGCUGCGCGAGAUGGUGUCCCAGACAGGGCCCAUCAGCCUCACUGUGGCCAAGUGCUGGGACCCGACACCCCGGAGCUACUUCACCAUCCCAAGGGCUGACCCGGUGCGGCCCAUCGACCCUGCGGCCUGGCUGACCCACGCUGCGGCACUGACAGGCGCCGCCCCCCGCUGCGGGGCCAGCCCCUGCUCCAGCGCCCUCACGCGCACCAGCUCCUCCUCGCUGACCAGCUCUGUGCCUGGCGCUCCGCAGCUGGAGGAGGCGCCGCUGACGGUGAAGAGUGACAUGGGGGCCGUGGUCCGGGUCAUGCAGCUGCCCGACUCCGGCCUGGAGAUCAGGGACCGCAUGUGGCUGAAGAUCACCAUCUUAUGA